AUGCCGGGCAGGUUACAGGCGAGAGGUCAGACGAAAGGCGGCACCUGGCCCUCCAGACCCCAGGGCCUGACAGGAAGCUCCAGCCUAGCAGCAGGCACCAUGACAGCUCCUGACGAAAGCCUACCACAGGAAGUCAGAAGCUCGAAGCGGAACCUCCUUGGCCCUAAAAACACUAUCAAGAUUGGAACAUGGAAUGUUCGCACCAUGUUUGAACUAUCCAAGACAGCACAAUGCUAUGCACCCACCAAUGAUGCCGAAGACGACAUCAAAGAUGAGUGGUACGAACAAGUACAACGUGAAAUCAGUAAAACCCCACAGCAUGACAUGUUAAUCAUAAUGGGAGAUCUAAACGCCAAAGUUGGCAGUGAUAACAGUGGGAGAGAAGAUGCCAUGGGUCGUCAUGGAUGCGGCAGCAUCAACGACAAUGGUGAGAGACUUGUGGACCUCUGUCUGAGUAACAGGCUGGUGAUAGGUGGGACUAUCUUUCCUCACAAAACUAUUCACAAGUUAACUUGGAACUCUCCGGAUGGACACACCAUCAACCAAAUAGACCAUGUAAUGGUGAACAAGAAGUGGCAGAGGUCUGUGCUGGACGUGAGAGCCUACCGCGGAGCAGAUGUUGGCAGCGACCACCAUCUGGUAGUUACCAAGGUCAGGCUGAAGCUGAGAGCAAGCCCUCCCACCAAGCAACGAUGCAAGGUGUUUGACACUUCCAAACUGCGUAAACCUGAAAUCAGACGUGAAUUUGCUCUAGAACUAAGAAACCGCUUUAAAGCCCUUGAAAACCUAGUAGACGAAGAAGAACCUAACGUUGUAGAAACAUCCUGGGAUACCAUAACGAAAGUGUACAGUGAAACUGCCAAGAAAGUCCUAGGCCAUAGAAAGAGGAAGGACAAAGAAUGGCUGACACAAGAGACCUGGAGGAAAAUCGAAGAGCGGAAAGUAGCCAAACAGAAGUUACUGACCUCUAAGACCCAACAAGCAAAGGAAGCAUACAGGAACAAAGACAAACAGGUAAAACGAAGUGCCCGCCGUGACAAGAGAGCAUUCGUAGAAGAUUUAGCAACCGAAGCAGAACAGGCUGCAACUAGAGGGGAGUUAAGCACAGUGUACAGAAUCACCAAGAAACUCUGCAACCAGAGCAGUGCCAGCUCUGUACCCAUUAAGGACAAACAGGGGAAAUUACUGACUUCCGAAAGGGAACAGACCGCAAGAUGGGCGCAACAUUUUGAAGAAGUGCUCUCGGAGUCACCGUGGGUUCGUGAGGAGAAAGCGUGA